GAGGCAUGCGCAGUGGGGUUUCAUACCUGAGUAGUUUUUAUCUAACCAUAGGUAGUCACAUUUUAAAGAGCUGUAUUUUAGUGUUGAAUUGAUGGUCAAUGCAUUAUUAUAUCUCACUUCAAUAUUAUCAUAUAAUUUAUAUUUCAUUUCGGGCGCUUCGCGCCCUCAUAAAAUCUUCAAUUCUCCCAAAGAAGACCGGGAAGAAAUUGAAUCCCCGCCUCUUAAAAGAAAACUUUGUCAUGCAGAGGACUCUUUCAUUUUAAACAAGAGGAGAAUAAAGCUACAGAAACUAAGGGUAACGGAAGGUGAAGAUGCCGUAUUGACCAAUCUAAGAAAAGAGAAUCCAUUGAAGUAUGAGAAAUUAGAAGAGAGAAUACGGGGGGAUGGAACCCCUGGAUAUGUAGAAACUUCAGUAGGAUUUAAGACCGCCGUGACAAUCAUUGGAAACCCCUCUCAGUCGCCAGAAAAUAACACGACCACCAUGGCAAUUCCUGUGCAUUCGUUUCAACCGUCAGAAUGCAGCACAUCUGGGGUUAAGACCGCUGCGUCAACUAUCGAAUACCACCCUCAGUCACCGGAAUGUAGUAUGUCUCAAGGAUUUAAGACCACCGCAAUAAUCCCUUCGUACUUGCCACAGUCGCCAGAAUAAGUGUCUCAAGGAUUUACGACCGCCGCGACAACUACUAACUACCCCCCUCUUCAGUCGCCAAAAAAUAACACAUCUCAGGAAUUUAAGACCACCGCAACAAUUCCUACGUACUCGCCGCAGUCGCCAGAAUACAGUGUGUCUCAAGGAUUUACGACCGCCGCGACUACUAAGUACCCCCCUCCUCAGUCGCCAGAAUGCAGUACGUCUCAAGGAUUUAAUGUGGAUUUUUUACAACGUUUAGCUAGUGGUACCUUUCCUCUUCAAAGGGAAUUAAAUGCCCUUAGUGAGUUGGUUGACUCUAUGAGAGUUGACUUAUUACAAACAUCCAUGCUUAUCAAUUAUGCUAAAGAUUUUUUAAAGAAUUAUGAAUUUAAUUGA